AUGCUUGCCUUUCUCUACUUUGUACAAAUGCUUAUAAACCUCCCAAAGAUGUUGGUGCUCAGCUGGAAUAAUAUGAUAUUUCCACCAUCCGACUCAUCUCAACACUUCCGGAUAUCUACAGUAUCCCCAAGCCUAUGGAUGACGUCAUCUGACAUCAAUGUCAACUACCGUACCCUAAACCUAUCGAUUUGUCACGUAUCAAUUCAAGUGGCCACGUGGCGCAUUGAUGACGUCAUAGUUGAAGGAACGAGUUGUAGUCGGAUACUGAAAAUCGAUAAGCUGGGAGGACAACGGGUUACUGUAGAUAUAUUAAAGGCGCAUGGAGAAAUUCAGAGGAUAUCGGAGGUGGUGAAGGCGGACGGAAAGUUCUGGAUGGUUGCGAUUGGCGACUCGUUUUCAUCAGGACAGGGGAAUCCGGAUAAGAAAAGCGAAAAUGGGAAAAAAGCAGAGUGGAUGGAUGAACCAUGCUACCGCUCAACCAAAGCCUUCCCCUACCUCAUCUCCCGCCACACGCCCAACUCCGCCCUCUCCUUCCUCUCCUGCUCCGGAUCCACCGUCGAGAAUUCGAUUAUUUCGAAAAAUGGACAGCUCGAACAUCUCCAACGUCUUAUCACGGCUCACGGAGCACCGCCCGACUUGCUAUUUUUGACGAUUGGUGGGAAUGAUAUUGGAUUCACCGAUGUCAUUUCAUUAAUACAGAGAGACUCGAAAAUCACGGAUAAGUUUGAUAUGAGAUUCUUCUUCGUCUCCCACCAAAUCGAUCGUGUCGCCUGGAAACUCAAAGAAAUGAACGUUUCCCGUGUAGUCCUUUUGGACUACUAUGACGUCACCAAAAAUGAAAAAGGAGAAGUGGACGGAUCGUGUGGAGCGUUUGGACGGGUAUCCCUACCAAACCUCCAGCUAGCGGAUCGUAAAAUUUUGCAACGCUUGAAUUCUCUACUCCGCCGAAAAGCGGCGGAGCACCGAUGGAUUACUGUAGACACCACGGACAUUUUCAGGACACGUGGCAUCUGUUCGAGUAGGAGUUUGAUACGGUCCCGCAACGAAUCGAUGAUGCUGCAGGGCAAUGAGUACGGUAGUUUUCAUCCGAACGAGGAGGCGCAUCGACUGAUUGCAGAGAGGAUUGUGAAGACGUUGGAGUUAUAA